UCCACACACCGGGGGCUGGUAGUUUUCCAUGUGACACAGGCAGGAUUUCUGAGAAAGGAGAGAGAGAUACUCGAGGAUAGAUUCCUGCUGUGUUUGUUCCGCUGGAAUAUUUACAUUUUUCUGAUCCCAGUUCAUAUCCCAAGCCACAGGGAUGAACUGGUCAGCACUAGAGAGCCUACUCAGCGGGGUCAACAAGUACUCCACUGUGUUUGGCCGUGUGUGGCUGUCCAUGGUGUUUGUGUUCCGUGUCAUGGUGUUCGUGGUUGCCGCCCAGCGUGUGUGGGGAGACGAGAGCAAGGACUUUGUGUGCAACACCAGGCAGCCCGGCUGCACCAACGUCUGUUAUGACAGCAUCUUCCCCAUCUCACACAUCCGCCUGUGGGCCCUCCAGCUCAUCUUCGUCACCUGUCCAUCUCUCAUGGUCAUGGCUCACGUCAAGUAUCGUGAGGGGAAGGAUUCAAAGUACGCUUCCCAGCACCAGGGCUCUCACCUGUACGCCAACCCAGGGAAGAAACGUGGAGGCCUGUGGUGGACCUACCUGGUCAGCCUGAUCUUCAAGGCCGUGGUUGACGCAGCCUUCCUUUACAUUCUCUACUACAUCUACCAUGGCUAUGACAUGCCACGUCUCUCCAAGUGUACCCUGGAGCCUUGCCCAAACACAGUGGACUGCUACAUAUCCAGGCCCACGGAGAAGAAGAUCUUCACCAUCUUCAUGGUGGUCUCCUCAGCCAUCUGCAUCUUCGUGUGCAUCCUGGAGAUGUUCUAUCUGUUGGGCAAGCGGUUACAGAAGGUGCUUAAAGUACGGCAGGCCAACAAGAGACUUCUCUUCGCUGAGUGCCAUGAGGUGACCAACAUCGCUCCGCCGAGGUCAUCGUAUAUCAGGGUAGAUCCAACUAUUGGGAGCCAGCAGAACAUCAGCAGACAGAAGAAGGCAGAGGAGGCUGCUGCCACAAGUCUGUAGUCCUGAUCUGUUUGAUUUUGGUGUAUAUAGCACUGACUUUGCUGAGAGCUACUUUAUUGAGGAAAAAUUUGCUUAGGUAUGUGGUUGUCCCACCUAGCUAUCUAAAGAUGAAUGCACUAACUGUAAAUCGCUCUGGAUAAGAGCGUCUGCUAAAUGACUAAAAUGUAAAUCCAUAUUGCACUGACUUUGUGGGUGGCUACUUUAUGGAGGAAAAAUAUACCUACUAUGACUGAGAUAUAUGGUUGUCCCACCUAGAUAUAUUAAGAUGAAUGCACUAACUGUACAUUUUACUCUAUACUGUAGCAUUUUGGAUUUGAGAUCAAGUCUUUUAUAUAAAGCGACAGUACAGAAUGUACCGCUUAGAAAUGAACGCUCUUUAUAUAUCUAGUCCCUCCGUUUGAAGACGUCAUAACUAUUUGGACAAAUUGACUUAUAGUGUCUAGGCAAUGACUACAUCAAGCUUGUUGGAUGCAUUUGCAGUUUGUUUUGGUUGUGUGUUAUGUUUUUCCCAAUAGAAACUUAAUAAUGAAUGAUAAUUGUAUUUCUAAGUGAGUAAAUGAGAUGUUUCUGAACACUUCUUAAUGAAUCCUGAUAAGGCAAGGAUUAACACAAAUCAUGAAUGAAUCAUGAAAAAUGACGGGUGAUAAAGUUACGGGUGAUAAAGAGACUAUACAAAAGAUGCUAACAACUCACCAUUCCCAAGAUGAAGUCAAAUCAAAUGUUAUUUGUCACAUGCUUCAUAAACAACAGGUGUAGACUAACAGUGAAAUACUUACUUACAGGCCCUUCCCAACAAUGCAGAGGAAAAAAUAAUAACACAAGGAAUAAAUAUACAAUGAGUAACGAUAACUAUAUACACGGGGUACCAGCACCAAGUCGAUGUGCAGGGGUACAGGGUUAUUGUUGGAGAUAUGUAUAAGAGCGUCUGCUAAAUGACUUAAAUGUAAAUGUAAUGUACAUACUGUAUAGGUAGGGGUAAAGUAACUAGGCAACAGGAUAGAUAAUAAACAGUAGCAGCAGCAUACAGUGAGGGAAAAAAGCUUUUGAUCCCCUGCUGAUUUUGUACAUUUGCCCACUGACAAAGAAAUGGUGUUCUUGGGGUCAUAGGCAGCAUUCCUCCUCCUCCAAACACGGCGAGUUGAGUUGAUGCCAAAAGAGCUCCAUUGUGGUCUCAUCUGACCACAACACUUUCACCCAGUUGUCCUCUGAAUCAUUCAGAUGUUCAUUGGCAAACUUCAGACGGGCAUGUAUAUGUGCUUUCUUGAGCAGGGGGACCUUGCGGGCGCUGCAGGAUUUCAGUCCUUCACGGCGUAGUGUGUUACCAAUUGUUUUCUUGGUGACUAUGGUCCCAGCUGCCUUGAGAUCAUUGACAAGAUCCUUCCGUGUAGUUCUGGGCUAAUUCCUCACCGUUCUCAUGAUCAUUGCAACUCCACGAGGUGAGAUCUUGCAUGGAGACCCAGGCCAAGGGAGAUUGACAGUUCUUUUGUGUUUCUUCCAUUUGCAAAUAAUCGCACCAACUGUUGUCACCUUCUCACCAAGCUGCUUGGCGAUGGUCUUGUAGCCCAUUCCAGCCUUGUGUAGGUCUAUAAUCUUGUCCCUGACAUCCUUGGAGAGCUCUUUGGUCUUGGCCAGGGUGGAGAGUUUGGAAUCUGAUUGAUUGCUUCUGUGGAGAGGUGUCUUUUAUACAGGUAACAAGCUGAGAUUAGGAGCACUCCCUUUAAGAGUGUGCUCUGAAUCUCAGCUUGUUACCUGUAUAAAAGACACCUGGGAGCCAGAAAUCUUUCUGAUUGAGGGGGGGUCAAAUACUUAUUUCCCUCAUUAAAAUGCUAAUCAAUUUAUAACAUUUUUGACAUGUGUUUUUCUGGAUUUUGUUGUUGUUAUUCUGUCUCUCACUGUUCAAAUAAACCUACCAUUAAAAUUAUAAACUGAUAAUUUAUUUGUCAGUGGGCAAAAGUACAAAAUCAACAGGGGAUCAAAUACUUUUUUCCCUCACUGUAUGUGAUGAGUCAAAAGAGUUAGUGCAAAGAGGGUCAAUGCAGUCCGGGUAGCUAUUUGGUAGUGUUAUGGCUUAGGGGUAGAAGCUGUUCAGGGUCAUAUUGGUUCCAGACUUGGUGCAUCGGUACCGCUUGCCAUGAGGUAGCAGAGAGAACAGUCUAUGACUUGGGUGGCUGGAGUCUUUGACGAUUUAUAGGGCCUUCCUCUGACACCGUCCGGUAUAGAGGUCCUGGAUGGCAGAGAGCUUGGCUCCCAGUUUUGUACUGGGCCAUCCACACUACCCUCUGUAACGACUUGCGGUCAGAUGACAAGCAGGAUACUUCACAAUCCGUUCAUGAUUAUAGAUAACCAUGGUAUCAUCCAUAUUAAUGUAAAAGUGACACCAAAAUGGCACAAGACAUUAUACACCAUUCCGUUCCUAUUGGGCUAAACACAAUCCAAAACAAACUGCAAAUGCACAGGUCGGAUUAAUGCAGGGGCUUACUGGUGCUGUAGCCCCUUGGCCCAGGCACUAGGCAGCAAUUAAAAAACACAUAUAUAAAUAUAUAUACUACCAGUCAAAAGUUUGGACACACCCACACCAGUCCAGGGUUUUUCUUUCUUUGUAAUAUUUUAUACUUUGUAGAAAAAUAGUGAAGAUUUCAAAACUAUGAAAUAACACAAAUGGAAUCAUGUAGUAACCAAAAAAGUGUCAAACAAAUAAAAAUCAAUUUUAUAUUUGAGAUUCUUCAAAGUAGCCACCCUUUGCAUUGAUGACAGCUUUGCACACCCUAUUUGACCAAGAAGGAGAGUGAUGCAUCAGAUGACCUGGCAUCUACAAUCACCCGACCUCAACCCAAUUGAAAUGGUUUGGGAUGAGUCGGACCACAGAGUGAAGGAAAAGCAGCCAACAAGUGCUCAGAAUAUGUGGGAACUCCUUCAAGACUGUUGGAAAAGCAUCCAGGUGAAGCUGGUUGAGAGAAUGCAAAGAGUGUGCAAAGCUGUCAUCAAGGCAAAGGAUGGCUAUUUGAAGAAUCUCAAAUAUAUUUUGAUUUGUUUAAGACUCUUUUGGUUACUACAUGAUUCUAAAUGUGCUAUUUCAUAGUUAUUCUACAAUGUAGAACAUAGUAAAAAUAACGAAAAACCCUUGAAUGAGUAGGUGUUUGAAAACUUUUGACCAGUAGGGUAUAUAUAUAUAGUAUUUAUUGUUUCACUUCAACCGCUAACCACAGGAAGAUUCAGGAGCCCACUCUCAAUGAGUGUAGACAGCCUGCUACUCCCUGCUGCCGCUUUGCUAAUUGUCAGAUGAGGAGAGGAGGUAGGGGGCCCACAUGGGUAACUUGGGAGGCCUACCUUGAUUGGGUAACUGCUAAAUCAUUUGUUUUAAAUAAACUGCAUAAUAAAUAAAGGUGACUGGUCAAUUGUGUGAGUCAGGGGCUGGGCCCAAGCCUGUAGGUGGCUCCCUCCUGAAUCUAGCUUGGAAAGACAGUAUCGUGCAGUAUCAAAGAGCCCUCACUGCUGCUUGAUCAUCCUAUUUUUCCAACUUAAUUUAGGAAAAUAAGAACAAUCCAAAAUAUAUUUUUGAUACUGUCGCAAAGCUAACUAAAAAGCAGCAUUUCCCAAGAGAGGAUGCCUUUCACUUCAGCAGUGAUACAUUCAUGAACUUCUUUUACGAAAAGCAAAUUACGGACUCCUCUUUAAAUCUGCGUAUUCCUCCAAAGCUAAAUUGUCCUGAGUCUGCACAACUCUGCCAUGACCUAGGAUCAAGGAUCACAUUGAUGAAAAUAAUCAUGGCCUCUAAACCAUCAAGGUGCAUAAUGGACCCUAUUCCAACUAAACUACUGAAAGAGCUGCUUCCUGUGCUUGGCCCUCCUAUGUUGAACAUAAUGAACGUCUCUCUGUCUACCGGAUGUGUACAAACUCACUAAAAGUGGCAGUAAUAAAGACUCUCUUGAAAAAGCAAAACCUUGACCGAGAAAAUAUUUUAAAAACUAUCGGGCUAUAUCGAAUCUCCCAUUCCUAUCAAAAAAUGUUGAAAAAGCUGUUGUCCUCGGACAAAUCAACUGUAAAUUUCGGUGUUCCUCAAGGCUCCGUUUUAGGACCACUAUUGUUUUCACUAUAUAUUCUACCUCUUGGUGAUGUCAUUCGGAAGCAUAAUGUUAACUUUCACUGCUAUGUGGACGACACACAGCUGUACAUUUUGAUGAAACAUGGUGAAGCCCCAAAAUUGCCCUCCCUGGAAGCCUGUGUUUCAGACAGAAGGAAGUGGAUGGCGGCAAAUGUUCUAGUUUUAAACUCGGACAAAACAGAGAUGCUUGUUCUAGGUCCCAAGAAACAAAGAACUCUUCUGUUGAAUCUGACAAUUAAUCUUGAUAGUUGUACAGUCGUCUCAAAUAAAAUUAUGAAGGACCUCGGCGUCCUUCACCCUAAUAUCUCUUUUGACGAGUAUAUCAAGACUGUUUCAAGGACAGUUUUUUUCCAUCUACGUAACAUUGCAAAAAUCUGAAACUUUCUGUCCAGAAAUGAUGCAGAAAAACAAAUCCAUGCUUUUGUCACUUCUAGUUUAGACUACAGCAAUGCUCUACUUUCCGGCUACCCGGAUAAAGCACUAAAUUAACUUCCGUUAGUGCUUAACACUGCUGCUAGAAUCUUGACUAGAACCAAAAAUGUGAUCAUAUUACUCCAGUGCUAGCCUCUCUACACUGGCUUCCUGUUAAGGUAAGGGCUGAUUUCAAGGUUUUACUGCUAACCUACAAAGCACUACAUGGGCUUGCUACUACCUAACUUUCCGAUUUGGUCCUGCCGUACGUACCUACACUUACGCUACGGUCACAAGGUGCAAGCCUCCUUACUGUCCCUAGAAUUUCCAAGCAAACAGCUGGAGGCAGGGCUUUCUCCUAUAGAGCUCCAUUUUUAUGGAAUGGUCUGCCUAUCCAUGUGAGAGACGCAGACUCGGUCUCGACCUUUAAGUCUUUAUUGAAGACUCAUCUCUUCAGUAGGUCCUAUGAUUGAGUGUAGUCUGGCCCAGGAGUGUGAAGGUGAACGGAAAGGCACUGGAGCAACGCUGUCUCGGUUCCCCUCUCUCCACUGGGAUUCUCUGCCUCAAACCCUAUUACAGGGGCUGGGUCACUGGCUUACUGGUGCUCUUCCAUGCCAUCCCUAAGAGGGGUGUGUCACUUGAGUGGGUUGAGUCACAGUGUCUCCCAACCCCUCCUGUCUCAGCCUCUAGUAUUUAUGCUGCAAUAGUUUAUGUGUCGGAGGGCUAGGGUCAGUCUGUUAUAUCUGGAGUAUUUCUCCCGUCUUAUCCAGUGUCCUGUGUGAAUUUAAGUAUGCUCUCUCUAAUUCUCUCUCUUUUUCUCUCUUCUUUCUUUCUUUCUUUCUUUCUUUCUUUUUUUUCUUUCUUUCUUUCUUUCUUUCUUUCUUUCUUUCUUUCUUUCUUUCUUUCUUUCUUCCUUUCUUUCUUUCUCUCUCUCGGAAGAGGACCUGAUCCCUAGGACCAUGUCUCAGGACUGCCUGGCCUGAUGACUCCUUGCUGUCCCCAGUCCACCUUGUCGUGCUGCUGCUCCAAUUUCAACUGUUCUGCCUGUCGCUAUGGAACCCUGACCUGUUCACCGGACAUGGUACCUGUCCCAGACAUGCUGUUUUCAACUCUCUAGAGCAGGAGCGGUAGAGAUACUCUGAAUGAUCGGCUAUGAAAAGUCCACUGACAUUUACUGACCUGUUGCACCCUCUACAACCACUGUGAUUAUUAUUAUUUGACCCUGCUGGUCAUCUAUGAGCAAUUGAACAUCUUGGCCAUGUUCUGUUAUAAUCUCCACCCGCCACAGCCAGAAGAGGACAGGCCACCCCUCAUAGCCUGGUUCCUCUCUAGGUUUCUUCCUAGGUUCUGGCCUUUCUAGGGAGUUUUUCCUAGCCACUGUGCUUCUACACCUGCAUUGCUUGCUGCUUGAGGUUUUAGGCUGGGUUUCUGUACAGCACUUUGUGACAUCAGCUGAUGUAAGAAGGGCUUUAUAAAUAAAUUUGAUAGACUUACAUUUUUGAUUUUAUUAUAAUAUAUUUUUUCCAACCACAGAAGCCCGCUCUAAAUGUUCAAAACAUAAUUUAGACACAGACGAUCAUAGUUUAUAAAAAAUGUUUUAUCACAAGCACAAAAUAAAUGUAAUUCAUUCAAAUGAAUUAAAUUAAGGAAACACCAACAUAAAGUGUCAGGAAGGCUGCAGUUUGGGCAGCAUGUGCGCCAAAUAUAGGCUACAGCUUGUUGCGUGGUGGCCCUAAACAUAUAAUCCAUACAAGGUUUUGUAACCCCGGGGCCUAUGAUUUCUUAAUCCGGUCCUGCAAAUGCAUUCAACAAGUUUCUUAUCACAAGCUUGAUGUAGUUAUAGUGUGCAAUGAAUAUGGGACCAAAUUCUAAACUUUUGACUGCUUGAAUACACUUUAAGUGAAUUUGUCCAAAUACGUAUGACAUCUUCAAAUGGGAGGACUACUGUGGGUACAUAAAGUGCUUUCAUUUCUCAAAUGUGCAACGUUCACCUCACUCACUCAGAAACGCCAUGCAAAUUAAAUCACCUCUCACUCUUCAACAAAAGGGAAUUUGCAUCGCCACCACAGGCAAUUCAAAACCCCUUUUCCUGCAGUAUGCUUUACACAAUAAAAAGGCAACAACCUUUAUACAAUUCAAAAGGUCACAACAAUCUUUGCACGGUUCAAAAGCUACAACAAAAAUUAUUAAAUAGAUCAACUCAAAAGCUCUCCCUUUUCUGAAAUUCUCUCUCUCUCUCUCUCUCUCUCUCUCUCUCUCUCUCUCACUCUCUCUCUCACUCUCUCUCUCUCUCUCUCUCUCUCUCUCACUCUCUCACUCUAUCCCCGUCUGCGUUCUAAAGCCUCAGCCCACACGGUCUCUCUCUCUCAGCUACAACGCCUUUUAAAAUAGCACACUCCAUCCACAGCACAGCACAUUGCCUGCCUUAACGUUACAUAAGUGACACCUGUUAGCCUUUUACUUGUACUUCCCUCCUACAAUUCCAUUUCUCCAUUAUCAACACACCCUCUCCCUCACUCUAUUCUUCCCUCUGUCAUCUAACCACAAUAACAAUUUCCUUUAGUGCUCUCUCGUUGCCAUGGCUCACACUGCUUAUUGUCCCUCAUUCUAGUAUGGUCUGAUCCCACUGGGCACAGACGUCUAUUACACGUUGGUUCAACGUUAUUUCAUUGAAACGACGUGGAAACAAUGUCGAUUCAACAAGUGUAGCACCUGGCAGAUAUUCUACUGCCUGAUUCACCCACUCGGCUACACCCACUCAUGCAGUGUCCUAGCUGGCUACGUAUCACACUGUAGAAACAAGCACACAGCAUGCACCCCCACAUACUCCUUGAAAAAAAUUGAGUGAGAAAAUAAACAUGUUAAAUCUGAAAUUUUUUAAUUUCUUUAUUCUCUAAUGAUAUUAGUAAAUACUACAGUAUUUAAUGUGCAUAUACCCUACCCAUUCCCCUGCUCCAAAUCACAAUUUUUGCCACACAAAAUUGAGAAUCCUAAAUUCCAAGUAUAGACCAUAUAUUGUGUUCCCUACAGUUUAUUGAAAGAGAAGAAGCUCUGAACUAUCUGUUCAGACCUACCCACAUGUUUAUAGAAAACCACAUCAGUUCUGAACUAUCUGUUCAGGCCUACCUACCUAGAGGUUAUGGAAAAUGUGCUCUUUUAGUAUUUCUCCAAUAGGUUUCCAGAAGGAGAAAGCCUCCACUUCUAUGUCAAUUAUAAUAAAAUAAAAACACUAUAGUAAAUGCUACAGUAGUGUCCACUAAAACACUACAGUAAAUACUACAGUAUAGUACAGUCCACAAAAACAGUGAUUACUGCAGUAUACAACAAUCCACAAAAAAACACUACAUUAAUUACUAUGGUGUGUACUACAGUUUUCUUUUACCACUGUCACGCCCUGACCUUAGAGAUCCUUUUUAUGUAUCUAUUUGGUUUGGUCAGGGUGUGAUUUGGGGUGGGUAUUCUAUGUUCUAUUAUUUGUAUUUCUAUAUUUUGGCCAGGUAGGGUUCUCAAUCAGGGACAGCUGUCUAUCGUUGUCUCUGAUUGAGAACCAUACUUAGGUAGCCCUUUUCCCACCUGUCUUUUGGGAGGUUGACUUUGUUUAUGGCACAUAGCCUUUAGCGUCACUGUUUGUUUUGUUGUGUUUAUUGAUUUGUUCGGCGUCUUUUCUAAAUAAAAGAAUAUGUACACUCACCACGCUACACCUUGGUCCAGUUCUUUCAACGGCUGUGACAGAACUUCCCACCACAAACGGACCAAGCAGCGUGGUAAGGAGGAGCAGCAUGUUCAGGAGGACUGGACAUGGGAGGACAUCCUAAAUGGCAAAGGAUCCUGGACAUGGGAGGAGAUCCUGGCGGGAAAGGAUUGCCUGCCGUGGGAGCAGCUGAUAGCAGAGAGGAAGGUGGAGGCAGCGAGAAAGAGGGCCCAAGUUUACACAGAGUUACGGCUGGCACCAAAGACUGGGAGGCCACUCCCCAAAAAGUGUUUUGGGGGCACACGGGGAGUGUGGCAGAGUCAGGAUUCAGACCUGCUUACCGUGGCGAGCAUGUGACUGGUCAGGCACCGUGCUAUGGGGUGAUGCGCACGGUGUCUCGAGUGAGCAUUCACAGGCCGGUGUGCUCUGUGCCAGCGUCCCGCAUUUGCCGGGUGGAAGUGGGCAUCCAGCCAGAACGGGUUAUGCCAGCUCUGUGCUCGAGACCGCCAGUGCGCCUCCACGGCCCAGUGUAUCCGGUGUCUCUGCCAAGAACUAAGCCUCCUGUAUGUCUCCCCAGCCUGGUGAGUCCUGUGCCUGCUCCCAGAGCAAGGCCUCCUUGUGUGCCUCUCCACUCCAGUGAUGAUCCAUGGUAAGAAGCCUCCAGUGAUGAUCCAUGGCACGAAGCCUCCAGUGAUGAUCCAUGGCACGAAGCCUCCAGCGACGUCCUCCAGUCCGGGGCCCCCAGAGACGGCCUCCAGUCCGGGGCCCGCUACGAGGGUUCCCAGUCCGGGGUCGGAGACGAGGGUCCCCACACCAGAGGUGCCACCAAAGUGGGGUGAGCCAGUGGUGGAGUGGGGUCUGCGUCCCGCACCUGAGCCGCCACCGCGGAUAGAUGCCCACCCAGAUCCUCCCCUAAAGGUUCAGGUUUUGCGGCCGGAGGCCGCACCUUUGGGGGGGGGUACCAUCACACCCU